AUGGUUGUUGAAAACAAAAAGAAAGUUAUGGCUUCACAUAUCUUUGGAGGAGAUGAAGGAAAAUCGCCAAGAGUCAUUCCAAAGCCUCAAUACAAUAAUUAUCAGCCUCAAAAAGUAAAUAACAACAGAGUUUCUUAUCCACAACCAGAUAAAUACCAAUACCAACAAGCUCGUAUGCAGUAUGAGCAACAACAGCGAAAUUUAAAUCAAUAUAACUUCGUUAUUCCUCCUAGAGCUCAAAUGCCUAUAAUUGAAGACAUACCCCCACCAAUACCACUUCCAUCGCUAACUCCUUUUCCAAAUAUUCCUUUUGAUUCCAAAAUUGAUACAAAUUUAGGAAUAGAAAAGCGUGAAAUUCAAUUCAAUUUUACACCUAUUGGGCUUCCAAGAGAUGGUGUUGAUGCUCUUCAGCGCGUAAGAAGCGAAAUGGAGAAAAAUGAGUUAAGAUUUGACUAUAAUCUGAAAAGUAUCGUUCCAGAAGUUCAAAAUGUUCAACAAUCACCAAAAAAGCAAAUGAAUAUACCACAACAAAGGCAAAAAUCUUCAGAAAAUAUACCAACGAAUUCACAGUUUAUUAUGCCUGAUGGCUCUGUAUUCAGCUAA